CCAGUACAACGCGUUCCGCAAACCGGCGGGCUCCGCGUCGUGGCGUCGUUUUGAGACUGCAAAUUUGUGUCGUGUCGUGGCGCUGCGUGCGCGCUCGAGUAACGUUAGUAUUUUUGUCAUGUAAUGCUUUGUCAAACGUUUUGUACACGUUUCCUGGCCUCCCUGUGAUGUGAAGGGUGACGAGUUACACUUACAGUUUCGAAUUCACUUGGUUUCGAAGCUUUGGAUAUGAGCCAUCGCUCAGACACCGAGAAAAUGCGAUGUUAUCGCUAAGCCUAACCGGCGAACGGACUGCGUGGACGCGGCAUGUUCAGGGGAUGUUUGAGUUGGCUUAGCAUAUGUGGAUGCCUUCGCCUGAAUGCUGAUCACAAAGCAGAAGAGGCAGUUGAUGAAGCUCUGAUCACUGUGCUGCGAUAGGUUUCAGAAGUGAAGCUUUUGAUACGUGUGCGCCAGGAGCGCCACGUGUGUGUUUGUUUUUUCUCCCCUUUUAUCGCCGUUGACGUACUCGUUGACAUAUGCGGACAAUGCCGUCCAGUAAACAACAGUACACAACGAAGCUGUUACAACGUCUGAACUUUCCGCAAGAAAUCAAACAGCACAGCUGAAUAUGUAUACAUAGUUCUGCAGGCGUGAACGCUUCGCAGUUUCUCUAGUAGAGCGGCACUGCUCAACUUCCUUGGUUUCGCGCGUCGGCACCUCAAGCUCGCCGAUGAAGUCCAUGUUCGGACAAAGUAUGCCUGGCGGCCCGCCAGCGGAUCCUUUCUAUUCAUCACCAUUUUCAUCUUAUUUUCGAAGACACACUCCAUACUUCGGACAGCCUGACUACAGAGUGUAUGAAAUGAACAAGCGCUUGCAACAAAGAACUGAGGAAAGUGAUAACCUGUGGUGGGACGCAUUUGCAACAGAAUUUUUUGAAGAUGACGCCACACUCACACUUACCUUCUGCCUGGAGGAUGGUCCUAAGCGUUACACCAUUGGAAGGACGCUGAUUCCAAGGUAUUUUCGGAGCAUCUUUGAAGGUGGGGUCACCGACCUCUACUUCAAUAUGAAGCACCCAAAGGAAUCUUUUCACAAUACAACAAUUACACUGGAUUGUGAUCAAUGUACGAUGGUGACCCACCAUGGAAAGCCUCCGUACAACAAGGGCCUUGGUGGACAAUACCCUGCAGAUCCGCUAAAGGAACAACUUGCCAAAGAUAAUGCUGUCAUAGUAUGUACUGAAGGACGCCUCAUACUAGAGUUCACUUUUGAUGACCUCAUGAGGAUCAAAUCAUGGCAUUUUGCAACACGCACACAUCGGGAGCUUGUGCCACGGAGUCUUAUUGCCAUUCAGGCACAGCAGCAAGAUCCUGGUAUGCUCGAACAGCUGUCUAAGAACAUCACAAGACAGGGACUUACUAAUUCCACAUUAAACUACCUCAGGCUCUGUGUCAUCCUCGAGCCAAUGCAAGAGCUGAUGUCAAGGCACAAGGCAUAUGCACUAAGUCCUCGUGACUGCCUAAAGACCACAUUGUUCCAGAAGUGGCAGCGCAUGGUGGCACCUCCAGGUGUUGCACACCGUGGGGCACCUAAUGACCUAAAAUCAGCCCAAGAUAUAGAAACGCAGAGACCUCCAAGUAAACGAAGAAAGAGGAAGUCCUCUGCUGCUAACAAUGCUGGUAAUACUGGAAACACAGGCUCUGGUGGUAAAAAGAAGAACAUGUCUCCUGGGCCCCCCAACUUUUCAUUAGCUUCUCAGGAUGUAAUGGUGGUCGGAGAACCAUCCCUCAUGGGAGGCGAGUUUGGGGACGAGGAUGAGCGACUAAUAACGCGCCUGGAAAACACCCAGUAUGAUGCGUCAGCGGCAGCAGCAGCUAAUGGAUUGGAAGAUGGUGAUGAUUUUUCGAGCAACCCCAUGGCGCCUGGAGGACCCCCAACAGGAACUGGCUGGCAGGGGUCCACACCUGCAAGUGGAGGGCCCCCGCCUGAGCGGAACCCUUCAGCCCCGCCUCCAGGCCCCCCUCCCGAGGACAAGAAAACCUCACCCACCAUCAGCCAGUAGUUCCCUGCUAGUAUUAAUAUUCGUCAACAUCAAAUGUCACCCUAUCUUGCAUUGCACAGACUCCUCUCGUUGCAAGGAUUUCCUCCCCUCGUAGGAAAAGCACAAAGCAGUUCCACAGUUCAGGCCAUCUUAUUGUUACAACGCCUGUAAAAAAUACAUUCAUUAAUGGUUGCAUACGCAUAAAUCAUUACAACUUCUGCGCUCUGGUAGUAAUACCGGCGUUCCCACUCCAUGACAAGUUUGGCACAAGAUGGUGGAAAUCACCAUAACUGUUCAGCAACAUGGUGCACUGAACUGUAUGCCAGUCAGUUAAGUGCUGUGGUGCAAUUGGUGUGGCAUUGGAGACUUGUGUUGUGCACUGCUGCUGGGAUCACACAAAUUAGAGAUGAUUCUACCAACAGCUGAUGAUCUUCUGCCUCACGGCUACGAUUGCUGUUAGUGCCCUUGUGCCAACUAUGCCACUGAAAGCAUUUUUAGAUAACUUUACAUGACAUGUUUCUCCUGCUGGAGUCUUGAUUUCAACCUACUUCAGCAGACUGCUGUAUCUGAGUGGUACCCAUUUAAAUGUAUGGUUUCAAUAUUGCAACAGCCAAAGUGGUAAGUGGCUAAGUUGCUGAUACGUGCAAUAUGUGCCACAGUCUUUAAACCUGGUGGUGAUUGCAUGGUAAUGUUUUGUUUCGCUGUCUUCUACUUUCCUGUAUUUCUCAAGCAGUUUAUUAGAGGUCCCUUUAUUUAUUCUGCUUUAUGCGAGCAUGCUCUUUGAUUUGUAUUCUGAGUGUCGAAACUGAACCGGAAACUAAACAGAAAACGGAAAGUAACCGCUAUCUUUCAGCUGAAUUGGAACUCAACUGAAUCGGAAUAGGAUCAAACAAAGAAAAUGUGGUUCAGAAAAUACUGAAAGAAAGGUCGCCUCUACUGGUGCAACUUCAUUCCUCACAUUUGGCAUUCUUCAAUUGCGUUACACGUACAAUACGUUCAGGUACGUUUACAACUCUUCAAAAUUACAGUGGGAAAGUGAAAUGAAAUGAAAAGUGACCACUGUCCUUACUGUAUGUUUUUUGCAUAAUUGGUAGUGCAUGUUUUGGCAGUUUCUAUUGUAUUUGACUUAAUUUUUUUGUAAUUGUAAUAGUUUUGUCGCACCAUUUCUCCAAGUCAAACCGAUUUGAACAUUAUAAAUGUCCCCUGGAGCAACCCGGAACAACACCAUUAUGCUAGAAUCUAAAUCGAAACCGAACCAAUAAAGAUAUCAGUUCGACACUCAUUUAUGCAUUGGACAAGAAGGCUUAUCUCUGUGCACAUUAAUGACGCUUUUUCUGACCCAGUGAUAGUCGUUCUUAAAUUGGUUCGACGCCCCAAAAAUGUGCCGAGAAAGCACAACCAAGAAAGCUAUUGGUUAGCAAUAUUUUGUUUUUCUAUACUUUUGCCACCUUUUGACCAGGGUUGGUACAAUUUUAGCAUUAGCGUAAGUGUGUUUCAUGACUGAACUCGUAAAACUGCCCACUUAAAAGCACUUGAGUCACACACACAUGGUUUUCCCUGCUCUACAUGUACGCGGCUGUGGAUCGUGCUUCUGAAAAUAUUUUCUGGAGUGUUUGAUUAUUUGACUAACCACUGUAGAAAUCUUGUAUUUGCUCGCUCAGUUCUCUAAAGGAGGUAUGAACGCCUAUCAAACAGAGUGAAAGAAGAAUGCAUCAAAGUGUCAUAUACUUAUUAGACUGUUCAGUGACGCUCUGUCUCUUUUUCUGACUGUUUUCUGUUUCCAUGAGAAAUAUUUUCCAUUCUUGUCUCAUCACAUCAACAUAGUGGAGAUACUUGAUCUGUCUGUAUGACUCUGGGAGACCCAGCAAGUGUGCUUUUUGCUGAGUUUUACUGCUUACUAAGUGCAUGAAAAUACAAAGGAGUUAAUCGAGCAAAGUGGAGCAUUUCUUGCAAGAUGAAAUACUAUUCACGGGUAACUUUUUUAGAUGGGUUCUGCAAAGAACUAAAAUAAUGCUAAAAUUUGGUCAAAACCUGUUCAUGAGGUGGCAAUAGCAGAUCAGAAUCUCCUUCUUUGCACAUCAACAUUUCAGAACAUUUCUUUAUUGCAAUAUUUUUCUACUUUUGGGGGAUACCCACAGAUCAUCAAAAUCUUACAUCAGUAUUUAAAUGGAACACUUUGGCUAUAAAUUGUGGUGUUUGAAAAGAAAUGUGCCAGUGGUGGAAGAACUAUGCAGUGGUGUGCGUUCCUCCAUGAAAGUGCCAGCCACACGUCUCGUCACUCUUUGCAUGAGCACGAACAGCGGUACCACAAAAGGUUAUAUGUGGGAGUGGACUAAACACUAUCUACGCCAUUUGACGUUGGUGGAAUUUAAGGUUGGUUUUGCGUAAACUAUAACCAUUUAAACCAUUGGUAGACCAUGGGUAAACCAUUUGGCAAGCAUGCCAAUUGGUUGAAAUUUAAUUUUAACCUGAAGAAAACUUUUUUUUUUUAACCAAUAUAUGGCAUCAUGCAGUGUGAAUUAUGAUCACAGGCAGUGUUCUUACAAGUUCUGUACUGGAGUUUGGGGUCGAGUAAAUGAUACAUAAAAAGCAAUUCAAGUGAAACCUCGAUGGUAUGAUUUCCCAUUUUGUGUUAGGUUUUCAUGUGCACCAUUGGAAUCUCUAUAUAAACAUGUUGUUCUUUGCAUUGGAUGUGGUUCAUAAGGCUGAGUUUCCUGGGAUAUACAAGCUGGAUAUUCACGUAGUACAUGUUUCAUAUGUGGGAAAAUUGUGUUUGCCAUGCUGCAUUCCUGUCGCAUCAUCAUACGCCUUUUGCUUCUUUUGUGAGAGGUGUCCCAAGAGUGCGUCUCCACCUUGGGAAAGGGUCAGGAUAGUGACCUAAACAUAAUGCUACACUAUAUUUAUAGCACUGUGCUGCGAGCUUCGAGUUCGUCUCUUCAUGAUGGGGGAUACACCAUAAAUAUGUGUUAAUGGUAAACGAGAAGUGAUGUAAAAACAUAAACCAAAGACGAAGAAAACUUGCGAGCACAUGCUGUUUGCCUUUUGUGCAUGAAGUUGUGUGCAAUACUCGUUACAUGAUGACAGCCCUUCCCCUGAUUUUUUUUAACUCUCUAAGAAACCUGUACAGAAAACAUGCACACCUCGACCCACCACGUCUCGGCCAGCUUGACAACCCCCACCCUCCUCCCCGCCAGCAAAUUCUAGAGAACACAUUGGUUUGGUGUCAUGAAGAGCUGUGAAUGCCAAUCACCACAGCAGCUGAACGGGCAUGGGCCCAUGUGAACCGAGUGUGCCCUAAACAAUAUUCAUAAGUAGUUAAGAAAUACUGUUUCCUGCAGUAGGUUCUGAAUAUUUUCAUUUGUGGAAGGAAAACAGAUUCCUGUGUAAUACAGACUUGUUUUUGUUUUUGUAUACCCAGGGAAAUUUUAUAACCGAGGUUUCAGUGUAAUUUGCGCAGGUUCAAGGUGUUUCCUGUGGUGAGCUCUCAAAGGCGGAGCUGUACUGAACAUUGCUCUUUUUUUGUCAUAUUUUUUUAUCGAAUUUACCUUAAGCCCAUAGUUACACAACAUUUGACAAACAUUUAUCUUUGUUUGGUUUAGAUAGUAUCCAAAGAGGGUCUUUGUGAUGCAAUGUGAAUAAUGUUGGUAAUUCUUUUAGAGAACUGUUUUGAAAAGGCUAAAGUAAAAUGGACCCACUUUAGAACUGUUGCACGGCUUGACAUCUGCUUGCUAAAAUUUACGCAGUUCAAACUUACUGAGACCGAUAAGACCCGAGUUCAUGCCAUAUGUGUUUUAAAUCCUGCAGUGGGAUUUUCUUUAUAUGUACAUGAGCAUAACAAACAAGCCCAGCUUUGUUCAGACAUGAAGAGUUCAGCCAAUGUCAAAAGUCUGGCAAUUCUUUCAGAGUGACACCUGCACACCUUUUGUGACAUUCCUUGUAUAUUUUUAGCAGAUUUUAGUAACUUGACCUUGCGAUGUUCAUAUUAAUUAGCAUCUCAGUAAAUUUCAAAAAUAUAAUUUUAAAGCAUAAAGGUAAAUGCAGUCUGACUUCAUUUAGAUAGAUUUAUUCCUCUGUAUUCUUACAUUGUAGGUGAUGGAUAGAGGGACUUCUCUGCAAGAAACUGGUUACUUGUCGCGUAGCUAAACUAGCAGUCGAGCAGUUCUGCUGUGCAUUGAAUGCACUGUGGUACUUGUUUGUAUCUAUCCUGUCUAUUUUGUCAAUAAUGACUGUAAAGGUGGGAACGGUUAGAAAGAAUUGUCUGGUCUGUGGCAUAUCACUUACCACCCCUAAGUACUGGAGAACAUUGAUAUUUUCUGCUGUUACACCUUGAAAUCUGCAGCUAUUCAAGAUGCUGGAGAGAACAGAAAGCUUAAUUUUCAUCUGAAUAACUGAGUAAUUGUCAUGUAGUUCUUCCUGCUCUGCUCCUGCUACACCUAUAGGCAUUAAGCAGUGCAGGUUUAUUUUGUGUCAGAAACAAACUGUGCUUAAACGAGGUAAGGGGUGGCUCAAAAUGGGGCUUAAUUAAUUACACUUUGUCUGGUGUGGCUACGCACUUUUGCAGAACAGCCUCGCUGUAAAAUUGCAUUUACAAAAGCCCUCUGAAAAACCAAUGUGCAAAGCAGCUAGACUUGGGGGGCAAGAACUGGCUGCCAUGAUGUUAUUACAAGAAGAGCUCUCGUUUAACUAACCUUAAGUGACAUCUUUAUGGCUCAGUUCUUAAAAUUGGUUGAUAAAUUUCUUGAGCAGUUUCUCAAUCACCUAACUCUUAGCAAGUGAAGCAGACACGAAAGUAAGUGGCAGCCUUUCACUAGAAUAGGGUGUUACGGCAGCAGGGUAUGCCAGAGUUUUGCUUCUGCACUACAGUAGCAUCCCAGAAAUGACUGGGGUAAAACUUCAUGGAAAUGGUUAUGAGGCUGCAAGAUUUGAACUGUGCAAGACGUAGUUGUUUUCCCAGUAAAACAAAACAACGAUUUGUUCGAGUCAUUGUGUUCAGAACAUGCUGGUGUUCAAAAGGGCAAUAGCAAAGAUGCAUCCACAAGUAGACUGUUUGGAAGCUUUCACUGUAGCUCCACAACCCAAAGGAGAAUUGCUGGUGAUCAUAAAUCCCAAAGAAAGCUGAACAAGACAUUGCACGAAAUCACUGCCACAGUGUAUGUAUAGUGCUGCUGCCUGGUGUAACCCUCUAAUCUAGUUUGGAUCCAUUCCUGUUUGUAAUGUGCUGAGUUUUGUUGUGUAAAUGUGAAAUGUUUAAUUGAUAUCAGAUACAUAUAGAAAAUUAAGGUGGAAAACAUGGUGCAUAAAAGAAAAGAAAAUGGUGUAAAUGCAGGCAAGCUUCUGGAUCGGCAUCUUGGGAGAAAAGCCCAAACGUUUGUGUAAUUUGUUUUACUUGUCACCCGUGGUCAAGGGAUUUUCUAGAAUUCUCAAUCCCUAUGGCUUGCGUUGUUGUGCAAUGGCUCAAUAGGAAAUAUACGUGAGUUAUGCCAUAUCGCACUUAGUACUGUUGAAAAUACUAUUGUGUGGCCUGUGGCACAGUCGGCCUAAAGGAGCUGUAAAAAGAUUUGUCGUAAUUACUAAAAACUGAAUUAAUAGGAAGCUCUCCCUCCUGUACUUGUAAUACCAAAAGUCUUUGCUUUAUUAUUCUUAUUGUUUACACCACAGCGAAAGUUAGACCACAGAGGAAUUGAUUGUGGAAAUCGUUCUGUUUAUGUUGAUGAAAUGUCACCGUUGCACUGUUCAUGCAGGGCAUUUUAGUGUGAGAAAGGACAGUUGAGUGACUUUAAUGUGUGCGUAAUAACUUUAUAACAAAAACUGUUUUUUGAGGGCACCUUUUAGUGAAAAACAGCUGGUUGUCUGACCCAUACCGCCUGCUGCAUUUGUGGCACACCUGCCAUUCUGGCAUAUUGCUGUAUUUAUGCCUAUUUUGCAGAGACUGGAAAAUUGCUGUAGAGCAACAUAGCUAUUUGCAAGGCUUUAGCAGAUCUGUUCCAAAUUCAGUUGCGUUUCUGCAUCUUCCCCAGCCCUAACGAAUAUCUGAAUGUUUGGCCUGUUUCCUUCACACUGCCUCGUACCUCCUGAUCGGACACCCAAAAAGUUUGUAUUGAAUCUGCUCUCCUGAGUGCUUUUAUGCCUAUGUUGUGCCUGGUGGUGGUGCCUGUACAAUGUUACAUAGUAACACUUACGGACUGUUCUGUACUGUUUUUAUCGGGGUGUGCUUCCACUCUAUUUGUGCUUCUUAUACUUCCACUGGACAUUGAAAAUUUUAGGAGAUUGGUGUGUGCGUGCAAAGACCAUACUGUUCUGUGGACAUCCUUUCACUGGUGGUGCAUAAGCAGGUGUGUGGAGUAUUGUGGAUGAAAGUGCAGCUGGCAUGGCCUGUACGACGCACAGUAGCAGACAUAGACAAAGUGGGAUUGUUUUCAGACCUGAAUGUUUUGUUUUUCCUGAUUUUGUUCUGCCUCGUGCUCAAGGCUUCAUGCACUUGAAGGGGUGCCCAGUGCUUUCUUUGUGGGGAGUGAACGCUUGACUUAUUUGCAUUGAAAAAGAUUUAUGAGGCGUGCAGAAUAACAAUGUGUGAUCAUGGGCUCUGUGUAUAGAAGAGAAGAUGUAGGCACUAAGUUAAAGUGCAGUUGCACUAGGGUAGGGCCAAUGCAUGCAUACUGGACACACAUUUACAUGCUCACUCUGGAACAAGUUAUAACAUUGACAUCCAUCCCCAUAUUCAUGCUUACAUUGGAAAAGAAAUGUAGGCAAAACUGGCCAUCAUGCACCUGUAAUAUGGGAGUAUUUUAUGAACCACAGGACUCUUCUCUGUGUGUGCCUGUGUUUCGAAGCAGUCAUGAGGGUGUUCCAAAGUGUUUGUCACAGGUCAUUUAUUGUUCUAUACUGUAACUCGUGCAUUUUAAGAAUUGAAAAUAAAUGGGAUAAAGGAACUUGCA